ACAGCCAGCCGCCGGCUAGUCGGUUCCACAGCGUGACACCGUUUGAUGUGGCUGAGCAGCGCCUGUCACAGUCGCAGAUUCAUUUACUAGUUUACUUAGACACUUAACCACUUAAUUAUUAGGCACUUGCUAGUACGGCAGCAUGAACAGCACGCGCCAUGGCCGCAGAUCGUUUGUCACUUGGGGUGGACUAAUGGCAAUCUUGUACCUAAACCAGAUUGCCUUGGUCUCAUCCGUUGCCUACUACACCGAGAAACCUGCCUUUUUGCCAUCUUGUCGGAUUUACGAACCCGGGUUCACCAAGUGCUCGACGAACAGCAUCCAGAAGCUUCUCGAUCAGCUGAACAUUGGAAUACCCGAGGUGCAGGAGCGCUUUGGACCCUUUGAUCCCAUGAGAGUGAGGGAUAUAGUCUUCAAGCAGGAUAACAAUGAAGUGGCCACCAUCAGAGCCAAUCUGACUGAGCUGGUGGUCAAGGGCUUCGCCAAUACAAAGGUCAAGGAGAGCCGAGUCAGCAAGAAAGACUUUGGCUGGCAGACCAAAAUAUUUCUGCCGAAAAUGAGACUGGAUGGCAAAUAUGAAAUGUCUGGAAGAAUACUACUUAUACCGCUUAGUGGAUCUGGCAAAAUAUUCAUUGAAAUCGAUGAUCUUGACAUUUUGCUGCUAACCAAAACCCGUCUGUAUGAAAAGGGCGGCUUCACCUUCGACAAUGUGACCGCUGUGCGUGUGCAACUCAAUUUGACUAAGGUGCGAACUUACCUGGAUAAUUUAUUCAACGGCCGCAGCAAGGAGGUCGAGCGCAGUACCAAUGAAUUUUUCAACGAGAAUUGGCGCGAUUUCUACGAAGCCCUAAAACCACUGAUCGUUGAGACGGUCGAGAAUAUUCUCUAUGACGUUAUGUCAACAGUUUUCCACCUUAUCCCUGCCAACUUUUUUGUUGAAGAUAUACCAACACCUCAACAACUAUAUGGUCCCAAAGAAGCCGUUCGUAAAGAGAAUAGUUGA